AGCUCUUUGGAAUCUCGACCAUGGAGACUGCUGCAUCCUCUAACUCUUCUGCUCUUCCAAACCCUAACAUUCCCACUGUUCCUCCUGUGAACUCCGCCGCGUUCAAGAGGGAAAACCGGAGGAAGCGAAAGGAAAGGAAGCGCCAAGAAAAGCUGCAGCUUCUGCUAGAAGACUGGGCUCCUCUCGCUGGCCUUCCAAGACCCGCCGCUCCCAUCGCUAUAACCACAUCCGACACCGAUUGGCCGUUGGAGCCCGUCACCGACGAGAAUCCAGAGCCAACCGCUUGGAAUCUCAACCUUAGAUCGCCAUCGCCAGCGCAGCCGCCGGCUUCUGCCGAGGCUUUGGCGCAGGCGAACGCCCUCAGAUUGUGCCGGGAGUUCUUUGCCGCUGAGUGCGGUUCCGAUGACGAAGACUGGGAAGUCGACGAUCGUAAUGAUGGGAAAAGUUACAAUUUUUUUAAGGGGCUUUUUCAUAAAGAAGCAGAUUUGAGGGAUUUUUAUCUGAGAGAUUGGGCAAAGGGGGAGUUUUAUUGCCUUGCAUGUGAGGGGAUUGGAGAGAAACUUGGGAAGAAGUUCGUUGGAUUGGCUGCGGUCUCCCAGCAUGCGACUUUCAUUUCUAAGACGAAGAGGAUAAUGGUGCAUCGGUCGUAUGGAAGAGUGGUUUGUGAGUUGCUCGGUUGGGAAAUCCAUGGGCUUAGGGUUGUUCAUUCUGAUGAUAAUGAUGAAGAAGCUCUGAAGGCUGCCAUGGAGAAUACUGAAGAAGAUGGUGUUUAUUUGAUGGAUGCUGUAGAGAUGAAUGUAGAUAUCCCUUGAGAGGCAAUGGAACAUUUGAAUGUUUCCUCUCUUUCAGUUUAAUUAUCUAUUACAAAACCAGGUAAAGUGUUUUUUUGGCUUGCUUCAGUCCUGAAAGAACCUUCCCUUAUUUAGUUCCAUGAUGUUUUUCUAUUA